AUGCACAUCUUCCUGAUUGGCGACUGGGGAGGCCUGGACGGCACGCUCGACACGGCCGAGAAACGGCCAGAGCUGAUCGCUUACGAUUGGGGGAGGAAGCCAGGACCCAGCGUCUUCCCAAGGAGUCGCUGGGACAAGCCGCACCAGGAAAAGCUUUGCGGUCACAAGGCGUUCGUGGAGUGCUUCAACACCCGCGGACAGCCUCCCUGUAUCCCAGGCUGUGGCUACGUUGCAGGAGUGGACGACCAACCCCAGCUGUUGGUGGCCGAGGCCUUCAAAGCCAGGGCUGCGCUGAAAGAUCCUUCGUACAUCCUCAACGUUGGCGAUAAUUUUUAUUGGGGAGGUAUUGAGAAGACCUGCGGUACUCCGAUGAAUCAGAUCUCCUACCCUGCAAAGCACCAAUUUGAUCAGAUCUUUGAGGGAAUCUACCAGGGGCCUGGUCUCAGCGGGAAGCCAUGGUUCAGCAUCCUCGGAAAUCAUGACUGGGGCGGCUUCAAGUUCGACAAUGGCUGGGACCAGCAGAUGUCGUACACCUGGUUCAGCGACCGUUGGAUUCUGCCGGCCCCCUACUACAAGACCAGCGUUGUCUACAAGGAUUUGGGCUUCGAUGUUGACUAUUAUUUCCUGGACAGCAACUUCCUGGACGCCAUGCCUCCUGAUGAGGACCCGAACCACAACAUCUGCAGCUCCAAGAACAACCGAGCUGGGGCCAGCUGCGCGUCGACUGGUGGCCCCGCGUCCGUGGAAAGCUGCCCACAGUGGUUCGCAGAGCUCUGGGCGGAACAGAAAGUGUGGAUGCAAAGUAUCCUUCCGCAGUCCAGGGCCACGUGGCAGAUCGUGGUGACACACUUUCCUUGCGGCCAUGAACAGGACUUUUACAGCCAGCUCCGUGCUCAAGGGUUGGACCUCCUCCUCACCGGCCACCGCCAUGAUCAGGAGCUGUGGACGCCUGAGCAGACCUUCAAGAACCACAUGGGCAUGACGUGCGUCGUCUCAGGAGGUGGUGGCGGGAUUACAUCGGAAGCUACGCCAGACCCGGACAACACUGAGGAAUGGUACGGAGAGGCCCAGUAUGGUUUCUACGACCUCACCAUCAGCAAGACGGAGAUCCUCAUUGAGUCCAUCAAUUAUGAUGGCGAGCUCCUCCUCAGCCACACUGUGUACCCGAAGAACUGA